UCAGCCUACCCGGAAGAUUCGGAUGCAAGUUUCUACGGUUGACCGUGCAUCCAUAUGCUCGUUACAUUUAACCGUUUUAAUGUGAUUUAGGUGCUUUUUCUACACAGUAGUAUUUGCAAAAAUGUUAUCCUUAGAUUUUCUUGACGAUGUUCGUCGCAUGAAUAAGCGGCAGCUCUAUUACCAGGUGCUGAACUUUGGUAUGAUUGUUUCCUCGGCUCUGAUGAUCUGGAAAGGACUGAUGGUUGUCACUGGCAGUGAAAGUCCAAUUGUUGUUGUUCUCAGUGGGAGUAUGGAGCCAGCUUUCCACAGAGGAGACCUGCUGUUUCUGACCAACCGAGUAGAGGACCCCAUCAGAGUCGGAGAGAUUGUUGUUUUCAGGAUAGAAGGCAGAGAGAUCCCAAUAGUACACAGAGUACUAAAGAUCCAUGAAAAGGAAAAUGGAGACAUUAAGUUCUUGACCAAAGGGGACAACAAUGCAGUGGAUGACAGAGGGCUAUACAAGCAGGGUCAACACUGGCUGGAGAAAAAAGAUGUGGUGGGACGAGCUAGAGGGUUUGUGCCAUACAUUGGAAUUGUCACCAUUCUCAUGAAUGAUACCCCAAGUUCAAAUAUGCUGUUCUCUUCAUGUUGGGGCUCUUUGUUUUGGUCCAUCGGGAGUGAAGUACCCCAAACUGCAAGACUCAAGAAGGAUUAACUACGUCCAGGAAACCUCAGUCAUGCCUUUCAAAACAGAAUUAAGUUAGACUUUGUCAACCCAACUGGCUUUUUUGUACCAUUUGUUCAAACAUUUUGUAGAAAUGUGGAUAGGGUGUUUACACAAGAAAAAUCCAAGCUUUUAAAAAUAUUUUUGUGAGGGAACUAGGCUAGAUUUAGGCUGAAGUCGAUCUUACUUGUUAUCCACAGAAUGUGAAAUGACAUUCUGAAAGAUAAAUUAAGUCUUGUUUCUUUCCUGUUGAUUCAUUGUCUUUGAAAAAGAUAUGUUAAGUAUUUAUGACAACUGAAAUUGAAAGAUAUUAAAUAUGAAAUCUGGUUACCAUCCAUGAUCCAUUAUUGUAAGUCUUCAAUUGUCUGUUUUUUCUUGUCGCCUAGUUUUCUUGAGUCUCUGCAGAGGUCGAUCGUCCUACAGUGAUGGGGAAAAAAAACAAGGAUUGCUUGUGAUCUGGAGCUGUAGAACGCAUUAAACUGUUUUAUUGUGGCUAAAUCUGUAUUUAGAAUUGAGUACACAGGAGCCGUAUGUCUGAUGUCUAUCUAAUAUAAUAAGCAAUACUCUGAAAAUCUUUUCAAGGUAUGGAAUUUUUUUGUAUAUUUAUUGCUGUUAAGUAUUAAAUGAACAUUUAAUGGAU